AUGAUACCGCCGCAAAGCUCGCUAGUGAAGUACAACAACCCGAUCCUUGUAAGCUCCAGCAAGGACAAAGCGCUCCUAAAGGGGAGAAAGCCUGGCACUACCAAGAACGGUAACCAGCCCCCGAAUGGAGACUCGAAUGGAUCAGGGGCCCCGCCAGCUCCUAAGCCGACGGUUUUCACGGGUAGCAAUACCCACAGUGGCACUCCGACCGAAGAUAUUCUGAAUUCGAUCCUGCCACCGAAAGAAUGGACGGAAGACGGUCAGCUGUGGGUGCAAUAUGUGUCUAGUACGCCAGCAACGAGACUGGACGUGGUGAAUCUACAAGAGCAGUUAGAUUUAAGAUUACAGCAGCGGCAGGCGAGGGAGACGGGCAUUUGUCCCGUUCGUGAAGAGCUCUAUGCGCAAUGCUUUGAUGAGCUGAUCCGACAGAUUACAAUCAACUGCUCCGAGCGUGGACUUUUGCUCUUUCGAGUGCGUGAUGAGGCACGGAUGACAAUUGCAGCCUAUCAGACACUGUACGAGUCCAGUAUCGCGUUUGGGAUGCGUAAAGCUCUCAUGGCGGAGCAGAAGAAGAUGGAGGCGGAGCAGCAGAUCCGCACUCUUGAGGGAGAGCUGCGUGACUUAACGUCGCAGAUCGAAGAGCUGAGUACGAGAUGCGAGGCUGUGGCACGACGUGAAGAGGAGAAGAAGUUGCAGGAUGAGAAGAAACAUCAAGAAGAGGUGGAGCUGCUGCGUAAGAAUAAUGACCAAUUGAAGGCAAGUCUUGAGAGCAUGCUGGCAGCUCCCAAGUAG